CGCACACCCCGCUCCCCGCCCGGUGUCUCGGUCCCGGCCCCCGCCGUUACUCCGGCAACGUCCGGAAGGGGCGUUAGGAGGCGGCCCGGAGGCCGGAAAUGACGCAGGGGCUGGCGCGGAGGAGCCGGGCAGGAGCCAUGUCAGCGGGAGGCGGAGGGCAGCGAGACGCGGGGACCGGCGGAGGGCGCCGCAGUAAGUGGGACCAACCCGGCCCGGCCCCCGCCUUCCUGCUCCCCGGUACCGCCCCGCUCCCCGGCCGCCCCUUUCCCGGUGCCGGUGGCGAUGGCGGCUCGGCCGUGGCGGGGUCUGAGAGCUCCGCAGCCCCCUCGGGAGCUUUGGAUGCGGCGGCGGCCGUGGCGGCGAAAAUCAACGCGAUGUUAAUGGCCAAAGGGAAACUGAAGCCGGCGCCCAACGGGGCGGACAAGCUGCAGGCUCUGGGAAAAGGUCCAGCUACAAGUAAAAGCAAAGAUGACCUGGUGGUGGCAGAGGUGGAGAUCAAUGAUGUUCCCCUCACCUGCAGAAACCUGCUGACCAGAGGACAGACUCAGGAUGAGAUCAGUCGACUGAGUGGAGCAGCUGUUUCUACUCGAGGGAGAUUCAUGACUGCAGAAGAGAAAGCAAAAGUGGGACCUGGGGAUCGUCCCUUGUAUCUUCAUGUCCAGGGUCAGACUCGGGAGUUGGUUGACAGAGCUGUUAACAGAAUUAAAGAGAUAAUUACUAAUGGAGUAGUGAAAGCAGCCACAGGUUCCAGUCCAACCUUCAAUGGAGCCACAGUCACUGUCUAUCACCAGCCAGCACCUAUUACUCAGUUAUCUCCAGCAGUUGGCCAAAAACCUCCUUUCCAGUCAGGGAUGCAUUAUGUGCAGGAUAAGUUAUUUGUUGGUCUGGAACAUGCUGUACCUACAUUUAAUGUGAAGGAGAAGGUGGAAGGGCCUGGGUGCUCCUAUCUGCAGCACAUCCAGAUUGAAACUGGUGCCAAAGUCUUUCUCCGUGGGAAAGGCUCAGGUUGCAUCGAGCCAGCAUCAGGCAGAGAAGCUUUUGAACCCAUGUACAUCUACAUCAGUCACCCAAAGCCAGAAGGUUUGGCAGCUGCUAAAAAGCUGUGUGAGAAUCUCUUGCAAACUGUGCAUGCUGAGUACUCCCGAUUUGUCAAUCAGAUCACCACUGCAGUACCCUUAGCAGGCUUCACCCAGCCUGCCUCUCUGACCAGCAUUCCCUCCCAGCCAUCCUAUUACCCUUCCAAUGGGUACCAGUCUGGUUAUCCUGUUGUUCCCCCUCCUCAACAACCAGUACAGCCACCCUAUGGUGUACCAGGCAUAGUACCCCCUGCAGUGCCCUUGGCACCUGGAGUCCUUACAACACUUCCCACAGGAGUUCCACCCGUGCCCACGCAGUACCCAAUACCUCAGGUUCAGCCUCCAGCCAGCACUGGCCAGAGUCCUCUGAACGGUCCUUUUCUUCCUGCUGCCCCAGUAAAAACCAGCAUGCCAACUGGUACCCAGCCACAAGUCCAGCCCCAUCCCCAGGGUCAAAAGAGACGCUUCACUGAGGAGCUACCGGAUGAGAGAGAGUCAGGACUGCUGGGAUAUCAGGUACAGGCUUCUCCAGUCAGAGUGAACUCGAUGGAGCUGGAUCCAAGGCAGCAAGUUCCUCAGGAAAGGAGAGAGAGAGGGACAGGCAGUUGAUGCCUCCACCAGCUUUUCCUGUCACUGGGAUCAAAUCAGAGGCCGAAGACAGAAGUGGUGCAGGGUCUUUACCAGGCAGCCAUGGUGAGUGUGAUGAAUAAAAUACAUUUGUAUGUCAAGUUUCCUUUCCCAAAUGAGUUUGUGCUGGUCUUAAUAUUUGUUUAAAUUUAAAAAUUGUUUAAAUUUUUUUUUUUUUUUGGCUGUUCUUCAUACCACAUUGUCCAAGUUGCAAAGCAGGUCUAAAACUGCUGAUUGCUGUGCUGGUACACACGUGAUGCUUCUCUUAAAACUGUAAUAAGUAUCAGUAUGAACGAGGAGAGUGUAAUUAAGUGAAGGACCAAAGACAAGGUGUAUUUGACCCAGCAGUUGGCUGAGGCACAGCAUCUCCUAGGCUUGUUUUGUACCACAGAUCUGAUGUGGCUUUCCAGUGUGAGCAGCUAUUUCUAGAGGCACUGAGGAGUAUCAGUGGGAGUUGUGGUUUCAGGUGUGUAUUUACAGACAGGAGUUAUUCCUGCCAACAACAGAAAUCCUGUCAGAUUUCAUCCUUUCGUAGGUCUGUCAUUUAUCAUGUAUUUGCCACUUGGUCAAAUGUUACAGUUUUAACUCUCUGCCUAGUUCAGUGCCUUUCAGGUCUGCAGGUACAUCCCAUUAGCCUGUUUAACCUUAGUUUUUCUGCAGUAUUGGUCCCAGAGAUUGCUCUUCUGCUAGCUUUCUUUUGAACAAAAUUUCUACUUUUCUUUUACAUACUUAUCUCUUUAACGGUGAAAUUAUCAUCACUUCGACCUGUUUGCUAACUUUACCUUUUUUGUGUGUUUUUUUUCUUCUUUCUCUGUUCUCUUACAUGGUUCUGAUGGAUCACAUGUGCUGUUGCUGGUGCUGUUCGUGUGGCAUUCGACCUUUGAUGACCAUUGGCCUUGUGACCUCAAAAUGGUGUCCAACUAACGAUUUACAAUUAACGUCUUUUUUUAUUAACUCGUUUUGGGGCAUUUUAUCUCUCUAUUUUUAUUUUUUCCUUCCUGGGGGGCCGGGGGUGGGCUUUGUUUUGUUUUCCCCUCCUAGAUCAUCAAGCUAAGAAGAUGAAAACUGCAGAAAAGGGCUUUGGAUUAGUAGCUUAUGCUGGAGAUUCAUCCGAUGAAGAGGAGGAACACGGGGGCCAUAAAAACGCAAGUACUUUUUCACAGGGAUGGAGUUUGGGAUACCAAUACCCUUCCUCACAACAGCGAGCUAAACAACAGAUGCCCUUUUGGAUGGCACCAUAAAACCUGCAGAAGAAUGUUCAUUCAUCUUGGUUUUGGGUUUUUUUUUUGGUUUUUUUUUUUCCCCCCCUCUAGCAAUAAUGCAUGUAUAUUACAGAAGGAACUUUGCAAAUAGGCAUUGUUUUUACAUUUGCAGAAGCUCGAGGUUCAGUAUUCUCCCUUUAAAGGGCUGCGUUAUUUUUAAAAUCCUGAUUUCUGCAGUGAAUUUGUCCAAAAAAAGAAAAGGAAAAAAAAAAAAAAGUUGGAAAAGGUAUCCUGACAGGGCUAGUCCCUUACACAGUGGGGGAGGUACUUUUAAGAGAGGGAAACCCGUCGGUCAGCAUUUCCCAUUUUUCCAGGAUAACUUAAAAAUGGAAAGAGUCAGUUCUGCUGGCUUUAUUCUGCACCUGAUGUUUGUACUUUAUGGAGUGUUCUGUCUCCAGCCUGUGUUUGCAGUGCCCUAGAGCUGACUGUGACUCAGCAUCAAUGCUCAGACUUUCAGUAAAGGAAAGGACUGUACAGUAGUUCUGAACAACUCGAAGAUCACGUUUCCUAAAACUCUCUAAUGUGUUUUUACUUUAAGCAUCUCCUCUCACUCAGCACUUACUUCUUUUAAGGGGAGGUUUGACUAACCCACAGCUUCUCGUUCUAGCCAGAUGUUGGGGUGAGGAGGGGGAUGCUCAGUUUUAUGGAGGGGUUCAUCUAGCCCUGGGUGGACUUGGCACUGUAGUGCUGAUCCUUCCUGCUCUCCAGUCACCUUGGAUCCGGACAGCAUUCCUCCUGGCGAGGUUCAUCCCCACCUCCCCAUUCCCUUACCCAUUUCCACCUCCUUUUGCACUGGGAGUUAUCAGGACCUCAAGGCAGCGACCAGAUCCCACUACAGACUUUGCUUUUACCUUGAAACGUGGAACUUGGGUGUAAGUUGUUGGGCUGUUGCUGAGCAGGACGUGCACCUGGAGCUGCCGUAGGAAGAACUCUGGGGAGCAGCAUUUCAGAACCAGAGGAAUAAAUUUUAAAACGGGGACGCGCGUCUCGCUGCCGCACCCUUGAAAAGACGGCGUUGGCUCAUUUGUACAGACUUUGUCUUUCCUAUCUGUUGUAAAUAAUGAGAACUGUACUUUCAUUAUAAAUAAAUGUAUAAAUCCUCCG